CUAGGCCAGUUCCUGCACUCGAGUGACGUCGCUUUUGCUGCGUUGGAAGGAGAAGCAAGGAGACAGAGCGGAGGCGAAGCGGGCCGCGCAGGUGUUUACGCGACCUCGGAUUAAAAGCCUCCAGCUGAAGUGAAGGACGACCCUUUUGGUGCCCCAGCUGCCCUGCUGGGACUCGCAGCGAAGUUCCUUCCUUCAGUUCUGGGAGCAUCUCCUUGAGGACAGAUGUUGUGCCCAGAGGAAAUGGCUUCUCUGGCAGACGAGGACCUCCUUGACUUCCUCCUCCAGGACGGAGGUCCCUCAGCUGAUCUGGGCAAGGGAGGCUUCCUGCCAGAAGACUGGGACUUUCCAGGGCCCGAGGCCUUGGGCGAGGAGGAGGUGGACGACUUUCUGAGGUGCCUCCUGAGCCCUUUCUCAGAAGAGUCCAGCGACUCGCCAGACCCGUCCCCUCCUCGCAGCAGCAGCAGCAGCAGCCUUACUGAAGAGCAGAACUUCUCCUGCAGCCCCGGAAGCUGGGUGGGGUCCCCCACUGGCAGCCCCGUUGGCUCCGAAAAUAUCCAGUCCGACCACAACUACUCCCUGCACCCGGCGCUGCCUGGGCCCCCCAAAGGCCCUGUGCUGGAGAGGGUCAGCUCCUCCUCGGAGAUGGGCGACGGGGAUGUGGCCAUUGACCUGGAGAUGUGGCAGAUUAUGGAGACUUCGUCAGAGUCCUGCUGCAGCGAUCAGGGCUGUGCUCUCCCCGUCACAGUUUCCAUUGAGGAACCGACACCCCAGCCCAGUGGGGGAGACCUGCAGUUUGACUUCCCUCAGCUGAUUCUGACGGAUGAGGAGAAGAAGCUUCUGGAGAAAGAGGGCGUCUCCAUCCCUUCCAACCUGCCGCUGACCAAGGCCGAGGAGCGUGUCCUGAAGAGAGUUCGCCGGAAGAUCCGGAACAAGCAGUCGGCCCAGGACAGCCGCCGGCGGAAGAAGGUCUACGUGGACAGCCUGGAGAGCAGGGUUGUCGUUUGCACAGCGCAGAACAACGAACUUCAGAAGAAAGUGCAGCUCCUGCAGAAGCAGAACAUGUCCUUGCUGGAGCAACUGCGGAAGCUGCAAGCCCUGAUCCAGCACUCGACCACCAAGACCACGACAGCCAGCACCUGUGUCCUGGUCCUGGUCUUCUCCUUCUGCCUGAUCCUCUGGCCCAGCUACUACCCCUUUGGAGGAAGCCAGGAGAAGCGGCUGGAGCUCCAGGGAGUGCUGUCCCGGAGGCUGCGGGAGUACCAGAGCAGCGUUGCCCAGCUCCAGCCAGCGGAAGCAGCCCCUGGCUUUGCCCCACCCUCCACACAGAAGGCAGUGCCCUCGGCCGCCCUGAAAGACGCAGCAGCGGGGAGCCUCAACCGGUCCCUGGAGGGCUACCACAGCCCCCGUGCCGAGACCCAGCCGCCCUCCAGCAGCAGCAGCAGCAGCAGCAGCAGCAACUCCUCAUCCGACCCCUCGGCUUCUCAGCAGGGAGAGGGGCUUCCUUUGCCCCCCGAGCACCAGCCUCUGGGGAAGGAGAGAGCCCUUCCGCCAGCCUCUGCCCACCCCCAGGAGCGGGGCUGGGUGGGUCGCACCACCAGCGUGGUCAUCCAGCCACGCCACUCGGAUGAGAUGUGAGGGCUUGGCCAGCAGCCCGUGAAUGGCUGGGCAGGCUGGCAGACACUGCCAUGCAAAGACUGGGGGGGGGGCUCCCGGCUUGCCCCUUUUUUUGCAGGGGGAGAAUAGAAGCUGUGCCUGAUUGUAAGACAGAAGCAUUUAUUUAGCAUCCCAGACUCUGGCACCCAGAGGCGCCCUGCAGCUCAUUGGGUGGGGGCUCCAGAAAAUGGCUCCACCCCAGAGUCCGACUGGUCUUGAAGGGCCCAGAACUGAGCCAUGGAGGCCUGAACUGUGGCUCUCGUGGACACCCCCCCUUGAAGCACGUGGACCCCUCGUGUGUCACCUGUAGUGGAAGCCUUCGGAGAAGCAGCCUCUUCCGCCCCCUUCCUUUGCUUGGGAUCUCUUAGGGUGCCUCCACCCCCAGAUUAGCACUGGAGGGGGGCCCUUUGUGCAGGGGAAUGAGCCAAAAGUGGGAGGGGCACUAUUUGCAGGUAGGGAGGCAGGAUCCCCCCUGCCCUGGCCCUCCCCUGCCCUGCCCUGGCAGGCUGCUCCAGAUGCACCGCCUUGGCAUGCGUGGCCCCCACCCACGGAGCAGACCCCCCCCCCCCGUUCAAACCAGGCACCUGGAAACCAGCAUCUGCUUUCAUUGCUGCGAGCCCCUGAGACACCCAGAAGCGGCCGCCCUGGAUCCCUGAACGCUCCUGCUGUGGGCAAGGCGACUCUCAGGCGGGGGUUUCUGGGGAGGCAGCGUCUGGCCUCCAGGAAGGCUUCCUCUGCCAUGGGGGCAGCUGGGUGCUGGCCACCUCCAGGCCCAGUCCUGACCUCGGAGUGGGUGACCCUGUCUUGGUCCAGGGAAGAAGCCCUGCCCCCUGCCUGUUGUGAUCCCCGGAAGGAGUCCCUACCCCACAUCAGGCUGCUUGGAGGAGCUUCCUGGACAAAGGGCCCUUGAGACCCCCUGCCUUUGCCAAAGGGAGCCCAGCAGGGCCGUUGGUCAGGGCUGGAAACAGGAGCUGCAGUUGAGCAGCCGUGGGGGUGUGUGGGGGUGUGCAGAGCAGCCCCCUACCCAUCCCUGGGGGGGGGGGUAACCUGGAGCCCUUCUCCUUCCUUUUCACUGUUUAAAUUGAGACUCUGCUUCCAUCCGUUUCAUUGUUCUUGCUUUUAUCUAUUUUAUCCUUGAAUGAAGCUGGUUGGGGUGUGGAGGAUAAUAGUUGAGCCCAGAAUUUGGAUGCAAAUGUAAAUAAUAAAUGACUACAAAAUGGU